AAGAUCCAACAACCGUGGGUCGCUGGAUUGUACUUCGCUUUCCUCACAUGAAACUGCGGGUGGUGUCGGUCAGAGGGACUUCAAGUGUUCAAGAUGCGUAUGCGGAUCUGAAGCUGUAUUCCUCGGUGGCGGUGCUGCAGUUCAUGGCCAUCCUGACGCCCGUGCUCUCGUUGAUGCCAGUGUCAGUCACCAGAAGGUUGGUUAAAAGCGAGAUCGGCAACAGACUCUUUGGAAACAAAGCCAUUUGGAAACGCUUGGAGGAAUCUGCCGCUAGGCAUAAGGAAGAAGGAAAGCAGAACGGAGAGAUCCUGGUGAUGACGGGCCACAGUCUUGGAGGUGCUUUGGUUGGAGCUGUCUCUUCGCGGGUGCAAGUGGAUGGAAUUGGAUUCUCUCCUCCAGGGCUUUACUACCAGGUCUUGAAGUACCAUUUCUCCUUGAAACAAUUGUAUGACAGCUUCACAAUUAUCCAACCCAGCAACGAUGUGGUUCCUCGUGUGGACAAGCAGCGGGGCAUGAUCGAAUGGAUCGAGUGCAAUCAGAGCCCCGGCACCUGCCACAGGCUGACCCACACCGCCUGCGAGUUGUGGACGAAAUGUGGCGAUUCACGGAAACGCGACUGGCGGGAAGUGUGUUCCACUUGGUACUCCAAAGGCGAUGUGAACGUAGUGAACGACCACAAGCAUAGAUAGUUGGUGAGGUGAUUGGCGAAGACUGGCCGGGCUUCUUCAAUGGUUUGUUUCAUUUACUGUAUCC